AUGCCCCAGAAGAGUCCCGACUUUGAUGUUGGGACCUCUGAUCCUACUCGGAGGAAGAGCUCGGUCGUCAACCCCGAGAUUCUUGCUGGCGAGAUCUUUGACGAGAGAUUCGAGAGCACCCAGCGUGGAUUGAAGUCCAGACAUGCCCAGAUGAUCGCCCUUGGCGGCACAAUUGGGACUGGUCUAUUCGUUGGAUCAGGUCAAACUCUCAACCGAGGUGGUCCAGCCUUCAUUCUUGGUUCUUAUCUCCUGAUGAGCUUCCUCGUAUUCUGUGUGGUGACUGCCAUCACCGAAGUCGCUGCCUACCUGCCUACUCCUGGGUCCUCAAUGAACCUCUUCGGAUACCGCUAUGUCUCUCGCUCCUUGGGUUUUGCUAUGGGCUGGCUGUACUUUUACUCCCUCGGCAUUUUGGUACCGUACGAAAUCACCGCCGCCGGACUGGUCAUCGAUUAUUGGCAUGCCGAUGUAAACAUCGCAGUUUGGAUCACCAUCAUGAUAGUCGUUAUUGUCGGCUUGAAUGCCCUGCCCGUUAGCUUUUACGGAGAAACCGAGUUUUGGUUUGCCUCCACGAAGGUCGUUAUGAUGAUGGGGCUAAUUCUGUUGUCAUUCAUCCUUUUCUGGGGAGGUGGUCCAAACCACGAUCGACUCGGCUUUAGGUACUGGAAACAUCCUGGUGCAGCGAACACUUAUUUAGCGGGAGGGGACAAAGGUCGGUUCCUCGCCCUGCUAUCGACACUUGUUCUGUCUGCAUUUCCUUUCACCUUUGCUCCGGAAUUACUCGUGGUAACUGGAGGCGAGAUGAAAUCGCCGAGACGUAAUCUGCCCAUUGCAGCCCGUCGAUACUUCUAUCGUCUCAUCUUCUUCUACAUCGGGUGCGUUCUUUCGAUUUCCGUGAUCUGUCCCAGCGACGACCCAGCUCUCACCAACGGUGGUGCCGGGGCCGGAUCCUCCGCCUUUGUCGUAGGCAUCAAGAAUGCCGGUAUUCCCAUCCUGGACAGUAUAAUCAAUGGCGGCAUUAUCCUAUCCGCUUGGUCGUCUGGAAAUUCGUUCCUCUACCUCUCGUCUCGGUCCCUGUACUCUCUUGCCCUUUCCGGCAAUGCGCCAUCCUUCUUUAAAGCAUGUACCAAGAAGGGAGUCCCUUAUCGCGCCGUAGCUGCGUCCUCUCUCUUCUGCGCCCUAGCCUACCUCAAUGUAGCCUCCUCUGGGUCGGUGGUCUUCAACUGGUUCGUCAACUUAACAAAUACAUCCGGAUUCAUUUCGUGGAUCUGCUGUGGCAUUGUUUAUCUCCGCUUCCGCAAGGCAUGCAAAGCGCAGAACAUAACGGACCUGCCCUACCAUUCCUUCCUGCAGCCGUGGGGCUCCUGGUGCGCGAUCGUGGGCUUCGUCUUCCUCACUCUCAUCAACGGUUUCAAUGUUUUCUGGCCUCAAAACUGGAACGCGAGCAGCUUCUUGACUGCUUACAUCGGUAUUCCAAUUUUCCUGUGUAUCUAUUUUGGUCAUAGGAUCUAUGCGCGAAACGAUCCAUGGGCGCAUCAUCCAGAGGAGGUCGACUUACAAACGGGCAUGGAGCAGGCUCUUGCAGAGGAAGAGCCAGAGAGGGAGCUCACCGGAGGGAUCGUGAACAAGAUCAAGAUUCUCUGGCAGUAA